AUGCGUGCCGGAGCGUACCUGCUUCUCGUCCUAUGCUCCGCCGCCUGCAUCCGGGCGGCAGACUGGCCUCUGGAAAGAGGUGGAGGUCAGAAUGAUGACGUCGACCUGGACACGCCAGAGUUGCUUGAGAAGUACGGCUACCCGUGUCAAGAACACAUCGUGGAGACUGAAGACGGCUACAUUCUGCGGAUGUUCAGGAUCCCCUACGGCAAGGCCUCACCUCUCGUCCCAGGGGAACGUAAGCCCGCUGUGCUGGUGCAGCACGGCCUCAUGAACAGUGCCGAUGACUGGGUCAUCAUGGGGCCCAACGCCUCUCUGGCAUACAUUCUGGCUGACAAAGGGUACGACGUGUGGCUCGGCAACAUCCGUGGUAACUGGUACUCACAGAGGCAUCGUACCCUUUCUCCAGAAGAGGACAAAUAUUGGCGUUUCAGCUGGCACGAACAUGGCAUUUAUGAUAUGCCAGCACAAAUAGAUUAUGUCUUAAACGCGACUGGCCACAAGCAGAUCUACUACAUAGGACAUUCCAUGGGGACGACAAUGUUCUACGUCGGAAUGUCAAUGAAGCCUGAGUACAACGAAAAGAUUCGUGCCAUGUUCAGCUUGGCGCCAAUUGCUUACAUGAACCAUAUGAUCAGUCCACUGUUCCAACUUUUGGCAAAAUUUACAACAUCCGCUCAGGUGCUGCUGUAUCUAAUUGGAGCUAGCAAAUUUACUCCCAGCCAGGAAUUGAUAAGGCUAAUACAACCAAAGAUCUGCAAUGACAAAUCCGUUACUGAACCAAUAUGUACCAAUGUCGUAUUUAUGAUCUGUGGUUUUGAUAAGGAACAGGUCGUGGAGGAAAAGCUAGCAGCAAUUUCCGCACAUAUCCCUGCUGGAUCCUCCACCAGACAGUUCGUACAUUACGCGCAAGGCAUAGACAAAGGCCAUUUCAGGCAGUUCGACCAUGGUAUUGUGGAAAACAUAAAACGUUACAAGCAGCCUACACCGCCUGAUUACAAGCUUAUCAACGUCAAGGCUCCGGUUUAUCUGUUCUACAGUCUAAACGACUGGCUGGCAGGACCUCAGGACAUUGAUCGUUUGUACACUCAGCUAGGAAAUGCAAAGAGGAAGUUUAAGGUUGCGUACGAGAAAUUUAACCAUCUCGAUUUCACAUACGGAAAAGAUGCAUAUGAUUUAGUGUACAAACAGGUGUUGGACUUGAUGCACAAGUAUGAACAAGGAGACUUGUAA